UGGAAUCCUCUCCGUGAUCCACACCAAACCCUAGCGCCUCCGCCCCAAAAUUCGCUGACAAAACUCCCAUUUCCACCGCUGCUGGUGGUGGAUCGAAAGCCUCUGGAGCUGAAAUUGAGGAUUUGGGUCGAGAUCCAGGGAUUGGAUUGGUGGGUUGGUUGGGGAUUUGUGUUGGAGUUCAGCGGAGGAGCUUAUGGAGGAGUCUAAGCCUUUGAUUUCUUUCCGGGGGGAUGAUGGAGGCGCAAUGGAAGCGCGGUUCGUUGAUCUAUGCAAGAAUGGAGUUGGUUUGGAUGAGAGUGCGGCGAUGCAUGCCGUGGUCUUGUACAAAGAGAGCAAGCACAUUCUCUUGGCAACCAUGUCUUCAAUUGGGAGUGGAUCGCCGGAAGAGAUUGAGAGACUUUGGUCUGCUUUUGUUCUGUACUGUGUGACGAGGCUAAGCAAAGGGAGAAAGCAGGAGGAUGAGAAAGGGGUUACAUUGUGCCAGAUCCUGAGGGCAUCUAAAGUGAAUGUGGUGGAUUUCUUCAAAGAAAUGCCUCAGUUUUAUCUGAAGGUUGGAUAUAUUCUGGUUUCUCUAUAUGGAUCUGACUGGGAGAAGAGACUUGAGUUAAAGGAGUUGCAGGCUGAUAUUGUCCACUUGCGUGCCCUUAGCAGGUACUAUAGGCAAGCAUAUCAGGAGUUCUUUAUGCCAAGCCAAAGCAGUGGCCCGCAUUCUGCAUUUUGUAACAAUAAAGGAUACAUUUCAGACUACCAUCGUUUUGGAUGGUUGCUAUUCUUGGCUUUACGUGUUCACGCAUUCAGCCAGUUCAAGGAUCUUGUGACCUGUACCAAUGGAUUGGUAUCUAUAUUGGCCAUACUUGUCCUCCAUGUUCCUGUACACCUCAGAACUUUUACCAUGCAAAAUGCCCCACGCUUUGCAAAGAAAUCAAACAAUGGUGUCAACCUUCUUGCUUCUUUGUGUGACAUGUUUCACACAUCUGAAGAUGAGUUGAAGAGAACACUUGAACAAACUAAUAUCUUGAUUGCUGAUAUAUUGAAAAAGAAACCAUGCCCAGCUUCACGAUGCAAAAGUGAAACCCUGCAUCAUGUUGACACAGAUAACUUGACAUAUUUUGAAGAUCUACUGGAGGAAAGUUCACUGCAAUCAAGUUUGGCCAUUUUGGAGAAGGAUUAUGAUGAGGCUAUUUACGUCAAAGGUAUCAUAGAUGAAAGGUUGUUUGUGAAUGAUGAGGAUAGUCUUCUUGGCAGUGGAAGCUUAUCUGGAAAUGCUAUACACAUAUGUGGCACAAAGCGGAGAUUUGAUGAAAUUGCAUCUCCAACUAAGACAAUAACAAGUCCGUUGUCACCUCCAAGAACUCCUUCAUCAACAAUAAAUGCUAGUAUUGUUGGUAAUUUGAAGAUGACCCCCAUUACACCUGUGAGCACUGCCAUGACAACAGCAAAGUGGCUGCGGAAUGUCAUUUCUCCACUUCCUUCAAAACCUUCACCAGAGCUUGCACUAUUCCUUUCAUCUUGUGAGAGAGAUUUAAGCAGUGAUGUUGUGCGUAGGACAAACAUAAUAUUGGGCGCAAUUUUCCCGACCAGUUCCCUUGGCGAGCGAUGCAUUACUGGAAAUCUGCAGAGUGCAAAGUUGACGGAUAGUAUAUGGGCAGAACAAAGAAAGAUGGAAGCUUUAAAGUUAUAUUAUAAGGUUCUGGAAGCAAUGUGCAGGGCAGAAUCCCAGAUACUGAAUGGGAAUAAUCUUACAUCACUGUUAUCAAAUGAACGUUUCCACAGAUGCAUGCUCGCAUGUUCAGCUGAGCUUGUUCUGGCUACACACAAGACAGUCACUAUGAUGUUUCCUGCUGCUUUGGAGAGAGCAGGUAUCACUGCUUUUGAUUUGAGCAAAGUUAUUGAGGGUUUUGUAAGACAUGAAGAAACACUUCCUCGAGAGUUAAAACGCCAUUUGAAUUCUCUGGAAGAACGACUCUUGGAGAGCAUGUCAUGGGAAAAAGGGUCAUCAAUGUACAAUUCCUUAAUUAUUGCAAGACCAGCUCUCGCUGCAGAAAUAAACCGUUUGGGACUACUAGCGGAACCAAUGCCAUCUCUUGAUGCAAUUUCUAUACAUUAUAACAUUCCAAAUGGAAACUUGCCACCUCUGCCUUUUCAAAAGCGUGAGACAUUAACAGAUCAAAAUGGUGAUGCUAGUCCAAAGGCAGUAAGUAAUGAACAACGAAUUGUCUUGGUGGAGCGCAAUUCCUUCACAUCACCUGUUAAGGAGCGUUUGCUGUCCUUUAAUAGUCUCAAGUCCAAGUUACCACCUCUGCAAUCUGCUUUUGCAAGUCCAACACGCCCCAACCCUGCAGGAGAGGGGGAAACUUAUGCUGAGACAGGGAUUAAUGUUUUCUUCAGUAAGAUUAUAAAGCUGGCUGCUAUUAGAAUCAGAAGCUUGUGUGAAAAGCUGCAGCUGUCUCCUCAAAUUUUAGAGCGUGUUUACUGUCUUUUCCAACAAAUUCUUAGUCAACGAACUGCUCUUCUUUUCAAUCGUCAUAUUGAUCAAAUUAUUUUAUGCAGCUUUUACGGUGUUGCUAAGAUUUCUCAAUUAACCCUGACUUUUAAGGAGAUCAUCUACAACUACAGAAAACAACCACAAUGUAAACCUCAGGUCUUUCGCAGUGUCUUUGUUGAUUGGCCUUCGACAAGCCGCAAUGGGAGAACAGGGCAGGAACAUGUUGAUAUUAUUACCUUCUACAAUGAGGUAUUUAUUCCAUCUGUCAAGCCUUUACUGGUGGAUUUAGGACCCACUACAGCUAGCGAGAAGCAUACCAAGUUUCCAGAUGACAAAAGCAAUGCCGAGGGACAACUUCCAGGAUCACCUCGGUUAUCUCCUUUCCCUAGUUUGCCAGAUAUGUCUCCUAAGAAAGUUUCUGCUUGUCAUAAUGUUUAUGUUUCUCCCUUACGAUCAUCAAAGAUGGAUGCUUUGCUUUCACCCAGCUCCAAAAGCUACUAUGCCUGCGUCGGCGAGAGCACUCAUGCUUACCAAAGCCCAUCCAAAGAUCUCACAGCCAUCAACAACCGCCUAAAUUGCAGUAAAAAAGUCAAUGGAAGGCUAAACUUCGACAUUGUGAGUGAUUCAGUUGUAGCUCGGAGCUUCGGCCCUCAAAACGGCAGUUCUGGCUCUUCAUCAUCUGCUGCCACGGUGAACUUACAAGUGAAGCAUGAGCAGCCUGAUUCACAUUAACUUUCUUAUGCUAUGUUUGGUAUGAAGCCCAUAUUUACGUGGCUGUUUAUUCUAAUCUUUUUUUUUUUUAAUUUUCUUUUAAAUUGUAUGUAUAUAUGUGUUUGAUGGAAAUUAGGUCAAAGCGAGCAGUAGUUCCAGAUCCAUUUGUAAAAUAAACCCACCCUAAUUAGCUGCUCAGCUUGCUUGCUAUUGCUACAUAAAUUAGUUUAGAGGUUUGUUUCCCAGCCAAUCUAAUGUAACACAAUUUUCGUUUGUUUCUCAUAAUUUUCUAUUUUUUGCUU